UGGGGCAGCCAGCCGGGAGCAGCGAGCAGUCAGGCAGCCGGCCCCUCCGCCCCAGCCAGGGGGACGCAGUCCGUAAACACCAAGUGAGAGCCACCCAAGGGGCAGCCAAAGCAGGAGGAGAGAAAGAGAAGGAAAAAAAAAAAAACAAACCAACAACAAACGGGGGGAGAAAACCAGAAAAAAAAAGGGGGAGAAAGAAAAAAAAAAGAAAGGAAAGGAAAGGAAAAGGUCGCUCGCUCUCUAGCAUAACAAAAAUACCUGAUUGUAACAAAAUAACAUCCUUCAGACAAAAAUCAAGCAGGGACGUGACAUAGUAAAAAGGCAAGGCGAGGAGCCAGGGAGCGGGAAAGGUGAACCAAAGCCGCGAUCGCUGCUGCCAGGGCAGGAGAGCAGCAUGUCAAGCGCUGGGGCACACACGGAUGAGCGCUGCCGGCAGCCUGCCUUCCUCCCCGGCCCGCCGCCGCCGCCGCAAGAAGUUGAGAGUAGCAGCGGCAGCGCCAAGGUGCAGAGGAUGUGUGCAGCGAGGCGAAUGCUGCUGCUGCUGCUGGCUUUCCUGGCCUAUGCGCUGGACUCGGCUGCGGCGUAUGGCACGGCAGAGACCCUCUGCGGCGGGGAGCUGGUGGACACGCUGCAGUUCGUCUGCGGGGACAGGGGCUUCUACUUCAGUAGACCGGUGGGACGAAAUAACCGGCGGAUCAACCGGGGAAUCGUGGAGGAGUGCUGCUUUCGGAGCUGUGACCUGGCUCUGCUGGAAACCUACUGUGCCAAGUCUGUCAAGUCCGAACGUGACCUCUCCGCCACUUCCCUGGCGGGCCUGCCGGGGCUCAGCAAGGAGACCUUCCAGAAGCCCUCGCACACCAAGUACUCCAAGUACGACGUGUGGCAGAAGAAGAGCUCCCAGCGGCUGCAGCGGGAGGUGCCCGGCAUCCUGCGGGCUCGCCAGUUCCGGUGGCAGGCGGAGGGGCUGCAAGCAGCCGAGGAAGCCAGGGCGCUACACCGUCCCCUCAUCUCCCUGCCCAGCCAGAGGCCCCCGGCGGCACGAGCCUCCCCCGAAACGGCCGGCGCCCAGAAAUGAACCCUGACCAGCCGUCUCGAUUUUUGAUCUCCCGGGGAAGGGCGGGAGGACUGGCGAGACCCGGCCCCCAAGCCCCUCCGUCCCCCGGGGCUGCCGAGCCGAGGAGCAGGGCGGCAGGUCAGGCCGCUCCGGCCCCAACCCAAGAACUGACCCAGCAAGGAGGGGAUGGCGGCGGCAGCGGCGGCAGCAGCGAGCGGCGCCGCUCCCGGCAUCGUCCUCUCGGGGUGGGGGGGGGGUGGUUGCGUUUCCCGGGCCUGUCUUGUUCCCCUGCGCCCCCAGUAUUUCCAAGCAAAGGGACAGUUUUGGCACUUGAACUUUUUUUGCUGCCGGGUGCUGCGUGACAUCCCCCGGUGCCAACGCCAGAAGACAAAGAGCAAGAGGGAAAAAAAAGGAUAUGAAGUUAUAUUUUUAUUUUAAUCUUUUUUUUUUCUCAAGAAGAAGAGUCCAUUCCGUGUCUUUCUUGACAAUAAAGUGAAAACAAAAGUCAAAUGGGGAGAUAUAUUGAGGGGUAUACAUUUUUUUUGCCUCAUUCCCACCCCACUUUUUUUCUUUUUAGCUUUUAUAACUUUCUUUUGCACCUUUAAAAGAAAAAAACAUACCUGAAGAAGUUCCGAGGAGCCCCCAUCUGCAUUUUUGUGUGUGUGCUUCAUUACAAGAUUCCAAAUCGACUUGCACCUUUUUUGAAAUCAUUGAUGACAUGAGAAAGAGAGGAACAGGAGAGAGAAAACAAGAAAGAGAGAAGAAAAAGGAAAGAGGAAAGAAGAAUAAAAAGUGAGCUGAUGCUCACUUUAAAUGGAGGAGGCGUCUGCAUUGCACAUUUGCAACGGAUUUAGUUGAUUUAUAUAUAUAAUAUAUUAUAUAACUUUUUUGGCAAAAAAGCACUAUUUUUAUGGGACAUUUUGUGUAGUAUCUGAAGAGGGAUUGUAAUGUUUAAAAUGUGUUAUGGUGCUAAAGUAAGUUGGAAGGGAAAAAACCCAGAAAUAGCAAGGGAGGGUGGGGAGGGAAGGACAAGAUAGCGAAUACUGAACUUGAAAUUUUAGCUUUUCGUUUUAGGAAAAGUGUGAUAAAUGUGUUUCUUUUCUCUUCUAAAAUAUAGCUUGGUCAUGACCAUAUGAGCUAGUUGGCUGUUACUCAUGUACACAGAUGCACGCACACAGAGAAAUACAUUGACACGCAUCCUUUUUUUAAUAAAACAAAAACAACAACUAAACACCAUGAUUUAGACUAAAAGGGACCUGUUCUAGAGACAAACUAUUUUGAAUGGUGAAGGUGUUGCCAGUUACAACUUGAGGCCCUGCGUCUGCAUGGACCCCCCAGUGGAGCUUGGCUUCCCGACCUGCGGGGGACCUACCGCUUCCUCCCCACCCUAGCGCCUUGCGCGCCCACCCGUGCUCUGGCAAGUGGGCGGGUGGGUGGGAGGCCCUCGCUGCUGAGCCCCUGCAGAAGCGCCAGCUCCGUGCCCCAUCAUCUCUUUUUCCUUCUCUUGCCCUUUGCGUCCUUCUUGCCGGACCCCCUUCCCUGCCCCGUGCCCCCUGCCCUCCUCCCCUGGCACCCCCAGGGCUGUGGAGGAGGGGGGGCUGCACCCAGGGGGCUGCAGGGCUAGCACCACUGCACGGGAUGGGGGGAAAGGGCAGGUCUCUGGCUUGAGGCUCAGGACUUGGUGAGUGGAUGGGUUUGAGAGGUGGGCAGAGGGCUGUAAAAUAGGUUGGUUUUAAAAUAAUAUAUAUUAUCUGUCUAGGAACCGUAAAAAGGGGGAAAUCAAUUACAUCUCCCUAUGAUAUACUCUCACUUGCUAAUAAAAUGGGGACACUCUGUUAACCAGUUCUGUACUUGCUUUGUCUUAUAUAUCCAUACAUUUAAAACAUAAAAAAAAAAGACUACUUGAAUUGCAUUCUAUUUCGUGGUUUGGAGGGGAGGGCUAGAGGGAGUCUUGAAAGGGGGAGGAUUUUAAUGUGUAAUCCUUUUGUUUGCUAUUACCUUGCAAUGUUGAGCCAUGAAGCCUUUGUUUAAAAAAAAAAAAUGGCACUACAAUACACAACAAAGAAAACCCUUUAUUUAUUUUAUUAAAUAUAUAUGGAAAAGAAUGAAAAUUGGUCCAAAUUGGAGGGGAAGGGAAGUGGGUGGGUUGGGGAAGGCAGAAUAAAAACACAACAAUUGCAAUUAAUUUACUUUUUUUUUUUUUUUUCCUUUUCAUAUGUCUUUUUUUAAAAGAAACCUAGUUUUUAUUUUUUAAAAAGAGGAGUAAAAGCUUUCCUGGAUGCUUUGUACCAAAAAGAAAAAAAGAAAAAAAAAAAGAAAAAAAAAGAAAAUCUGUUGAGCAAAUAAAUAUCCAUCCAGAAUAUGAAGCCUGA